AUGACUCAGGCUGUUGUUGGUGUUAAUGUUGCUCCUCUUGAUGCUUCAAAUGUUUGUGACAAUGUUGCCUUUGUUGUUGCUGUUGGUGUUGUCCUUGUUCCUGCUGUUAUUGUUGCCCUUGAUGUUGAAGUUGCUUUUGUUAUUGAAGUUUCCCUUUAUGUUUGUGAACUUGCCCUUGAUGCAGAUGGAUUUGGUGCCCUUGGAAUUACUGAAGCUGCCCUUGGAAAAUAUUUGGAGAGAGCCAGAGAAAGAGACAGAAUUAUGACAACCGUCGAAGAUCGUUUAAUGCCAAGAAGAAGGCAAAUGUGGGCAAUUCAAGCAACUCAAAUCAGGGAAGUGGUACUAGGCCGACAUGUUCAAGUUGUGGGAAGCCACAUUUUGGAGUUUGUCGUUAGGCAUCUGGAGCUUGUUUUGAAUGUGGUGAGAUGGGUCAUCGUGUCAGAGACUGUCCUAUGGAAAAGACUAAUGAUGGGUGAAGAAGAAGCCCCCUGUGAGCAAGGGCUCAAAGAUGGGGCCAACGGGUGGAAGUUAGCAUAUAAGCCGCAUGAACUUGGUUAUCGGUUCUUAGGAAAAUGCUACAACUAUGGUAGCGAAGGGCAUCAGGCUAGUGAUUGCCGCAAGCAGAAAAAGCCAUACAAGACCAAACCUCAUGCUCAUAUGGCAGAUAUACAAGAGCAUUCCCAUAAUGAGGAUGACAUGUGCUUGUCUGCUGUUGUCUCUGAGGUAACCAACCCUCUUCUUUCCUCUCGCGCUUGCUCACGCAUACCCUCUCUAUCACCCAGUCGUCGUUCUGUCUCUCUUGCAGCAGCAACACCGUCUCUCUCACGCAUACCCUCCCUCUCACCCACCGUCGCUUUGUCUUGGGCUCAACAGCUGAACAAAGACAUAUUUGAGACCAUAUAUUAUCAUGCUCUAAAAGCUUCUUCAGAGUUGGCUGCAAAAGAAGGCCCAUAUGAGACAUAUAGCGGAAGUCCUGUGAGCAAGGGAAUUCUUCAACCUGUGACGUGGGGGGUAACACCUUCAAGUCAAUGGGAUUGGGGUGCACUUCCGGAUAUGAUAGCAAAUAAUAGAGUAAGAAAUUCACUUCUUGUAGCACCUAUGCCCACUGCUUCAACCAGCCAGAUUCUUGGAAAUAACAAGUGUUUUGAACCGUACACCUCAAACAUCUAUAGUCAUAGAGUUCUAAGUGGUGAGUUUGUUGUGGUGAAUAAGCAUCUUCUUCAUGACCUAACUGAGAUGGGUCUUUGGUCACCUGCACUUAAGAACCAGAUAAUUUAUGAGGAUGGUUCUGUUCAGAAAAUCCCAGAAAUUCCUGAUGAACUAAAAGUUAUUUACAAGACUGUUUGGGAGAUUAAGCAAAAGACAUUGGUUGAUAUGGUUGUUGAUCGUGGAUACUACAUAGACCAAAGUCAGAGCUUAAAUAUACAUAUGGACCAACCCAAUUUUGGAAAACUUACUUCAUUGCACUUUCAUGCGUGGUCCAAGGGUUUGAAAACUGGAAUGUAUUAUCUAAGAUCACGUGCUGUAGCGGAUGCCAUCAAGUUCACAGUUGACACUUUUAUCCUUAAUGAAAAAUCCAAAAUUGAAGAUGAUGAAAGUUCCAAAAUGCCACAAAUGGUUAAUGAACAAUGGGUGCAGGUGGCUGAAUGUCUGUUCCUCCUGAGGGAAAGAAGUCAGACCGUGAUGUCAUCCGGUGAGUUCCUUACUCGAAACCUCCAUUCACAGUUGGCGAGAUCAAGAAGGCCAUACCACCCCAUUGUUUUCGUCGAUCUGUUCUCCACUCAUUCUCCUACGUUGUUUAUGACUUGAUCAUAGCCUUCCUGUUCUACUAUCUCGCCAUCAAUUACAUCCACCUCCUUCCUCAACCCCUCUCGUACCUUGCCUGGCUGGUUUACUGGAUCUGUCAAUAGAUUAUAAAUAGUCUUCAAGCAAUUGAUAGGAAACCUGACAUUACUGAUGGGUUGAAGAGACUUAAAUGUCGGACACUCAUAUUUGUUGGCGAGGACUCUCCUUUCCAUUCAGAGGCUGUUCACAUGACAUCAAAACUGGAUAGAAGAUAUAGUGCCUUAGUUGAGGUGCAACCCUUUUGAAUGCAAACCUUUUGAGUACGUGAUAUCUUCGCAUAUCAAUAUGGGAGCUUAGUAUUGAUAUCAAAACAAGCUACAUUAUAUCUGUUUUUAUUUUUUUAUUUCUAUUGUCGAUAUUAAAAAUUUGAGUUCUUGAAUUUCAAAAAUUAUUAGUAUUGUUAAAGGUUAUUUUAUAUAUUUUUGUAAAUAAUAUUUGAUUGACAAUUGUUACAAGGUACAUAUAUUAUUCUUGGUAUA